UAGAUUAAAAAACUUUAGUACAGGGUCAUACACUCGGAAAGAGCCAACAUAUCUCGCCCUCUCAGUGUUCUCCCUCUCUAUUCACAUGACUCGUCCUUUCAGGUUUCUUGGCGCCGUAAACUCGUCGGCGACCACCACCAACAUCACUGCUACUUCGGAAUCCACCGACCAAACGGCUGCUUUGGACUCAGAUUUCGUGGUCAUACUGGCGGCACUUCUAUGCGCUCUUAUCUGCGUUCUGGGACUCAUCGCAGUCGCUCGCUGCGCCUGGCUUAGACGGCUUUCCUCCACGGCGAACUCCAACGCUCUGCCUCAGCCUUCCCUUCCUUCAGCUGCAAACAAAGGUCUAAAAAAGAAGAUCCUUCGCACCCUCCCUAAACAAACCUUCUCCGCUGAUUCUGCCGCCAAAUUCACCGAUUGCGCAAUUUGUCUGACGGAAUUCGCCACCGGAGACGAAAUUCGAGUGCUGCCUCAGUGCGGUCACGGAUUCCACUUGAACUGCAUCGACAUGUGGCUAGGGUCCCACUCGUCCUGUCCAUCGUGCCGUCAGAUUUUGGUGGUGACCAGGUGUCAAAAGUGUGGCGGUUUACCGGCGAGUUCGAGCAGCGGAGCUGAUACGGAGGCUAGAUUGAAGGAAAGAGAAGACAGUGCCAAUAGGUGCUGAGAUUGAGCCCUUUUUGUGCUCAAGAAGAGCAAUUUGUGUGCUUGCUUGCUGGGCAAUUUCUUCUUCUUCUUCCCUUUUCAAAUGGAGUGAACAGUGAUGACUGAUGAGAUGCUUUUUGUCUCAUUUGUUGAAAGUCUUCCCAGCCUUCUCUACCUUUUUUCAUGUAUCCUUCCAUAUUGUAGUGUAGCUGGUUUUUUCUCUGAAACUAGAGCAUUUUCUCGGACACAUACACUCACACAUGCCCAUGGAAGAUUGGGAAUGAGUUGAGCUUAAUUUAAUCCAAGGUGGGCCAAUGGAAUCAAAAUGCAUAUAUAAAAAAAAUAAAAAAAUAAAAAAAUGAUAUCUUUAGAAGCUCAAGAAAAUGUUUUGAGUAUCCAAUCUAAUUCAAGGGGACGAAUCCACCAAGGUGGUGGUUUUCUCACCUGUCAGCGUAGCCACCACUAAAUUCCUGUGUGGACAAAUCCUCUCUGCCUAGCUGGUGCUCUAGUGGAAAUGUAAAUGCUGUAGUCAAAACAGAAAAUUCCUGUAGCAUAUUCUUUUUUUUUUUUUUUUCUUUACUUGUGAUGUCUUCUUUUUCUUUUACUACUUGCCUUCAAUUCAACUAUAGAUAGUUUUAAGGGUAAUUUAC